AAUGAUAAUAAAAUAUAAAAACCCUAAUUAAGAAGAUCACAAGCUAAGUAAGAUGGCGCACUACAAGAGCUCCACAGCCGCUACGAGUCGUCCUAUCCACGGUAUCGAUCGUCGCCGUGGUCGUCUUCGCCGGAAUAUUGAUCUAAUCAGCUCUUUGCCUGAUGAGAUCCUCCAACAACAUAUCUUCGUUUUUAUACCGACGAAACUCGCCAUCAGAACUUCUGUCUUGUCAAGAAGAUGGAGGCAUGUAUGGUCCGAUACACCUUCUCUUUCCUUUGAAAGUAGUGAUAUGUUGCAUGCUGCUUCGAUAAACGAAACCUUAACUCGCUACACAGCUCCCAAGAUGAUAAAGUUUCAUCUCACAUCCAGCGUGGAACACGCUGUUCCCCACAUGGACAAGUGGAUCAAGUUUGCCAUGUCCCGCAACGUGGAGAAUCUAUCCCUCAGUGUUGGUUUUGUUAGCAGUUAUAAGCUUCCUGAUUUCUUCUACAUGAAUUCCUCUAUUAAGCAACUCAACCUUAUGUUCCCCAAUUCUUAUAUAAUUCCCACAUGUUCGGUAAUGUGGUCAUCCCUAAAGAAGUUGUCCUUGCGUUAUUGUAUCCUCUCUGAUAAAUCUAUUGGUAAGAUUCUAUCCGGUUGUCCGAUUCUCGAAAGCUUAACAUUGUCCCACUGCCAACGACUUAUGGUUCUUGAUCUUAGCAAAUCGCUGCGUCUAAGAACAUUAGAAAUAAAAUGCAGCGUUGAGUUUUCGCGGCCAAGGCAGAUUGUGGCACCGAAUAUCCAUCGUCUCAGAUUGCAAAACUAUAAGUCAACAUAUAUUUUAGUUGAUGUCUCGUCUUUAAAUGAAGCUCAAGUGGACUUUUUCUUUUACUUACAUCAUAAGCUGACCUUGGAGGCUUAUUUACUUCAAGACAUUCUUAAAAUGCUACACAAGUUGAAGAAUGCAGAGAAGCUUAUAUUUGGGUGCAACAUUCUUCAGAUUCUAUCUCUUGCCGAGGUUUGUGGUCUUCCUUUUCCGAUGUUCAAGAUAAAAGCUAUGACUCUUCAGACAGAGAUCUUUCAGUAUGUUAUUCCUGGUAUAGAAAGACUGUUACAAAACUCACCUGAUUUAAAGACUGUGAAUGUUCGUGCAAGUGAAGGCAACAUUAUACCGGAUUGUUAUUUUGACAACUACUUGGACUUGCAAGGCUUGAAUCCGAAUCAAUGUUGGAGAUCAAAAGAUGGGGUCUUUUGGAAUAAAGACCGUUCGAAUGUAGAGUCAAAGAACGUGGCUUCAUUCGUGGAACUUAUGCUUAAAAACACAAAGAUAUUAGACAAGAUGGUCGUACAGUUAAACGAACGUUACCUUGGGUUUAAGUUAGAAGAGGUUCCAACACUUUCUCAGAAGAAUAAUGUCUCGAUUGUGCUCUCAACCACACCGAUGACAUAUGAGUGGUGUGAAUCCUUGAUCUCUUAAUAAACAUUUUGCAUUGAAUCUCAAUUUAAAGAUACUAGUGCGAUCUUUUUCUUUUCUAGUUUUUACUAUGUCCGGAGAGUAGUUAAAAGUUGCAAUGGCUUGUGUUAAUCAUAUGGCGGUCAUGUAUGAUGGUGAUAAGAAGAUGGAUCUUUAGGUAUGUAUGGCCUCUAAUACAAAAAUAAAAUUUAU